GAUAAUCAAGACAAUACUAAAACUCAGAUCACUGGGGUCUUGUUGAAGAAGGAAGGUGGUUUGAGUGAUUGUUACGACGGGACGAUUUUAAUUUGAUAGUAGUCUGAAGUCUAAAACUUCCACCGAAUAUGGCAUUUGCUCCUCGUGUCAGAAGUUUGAAAGGCUUACCCAGUUGUUGUAACGUUGUCCUGAGGCGAAAUAUUGGUGCUUCUUCAGUUGUUGCCAAAGCUGCUGCUGCAAAGCCUUCAGACCCUAUCCAGAAACUUUUCUUGGAAAAGAUAAAUGAAUAUAAAACGAAGGCCACCAAGCUGAAAGAUGGAGAAUUAGUUGAAAGCAAUGCUGAAAUUGAAGGUAGAAGGAAGUUUGAAAUGGAUAAUUUAAAAAGAAGAUAUGGAAAUGAGGACAUGACAGUUUUUCCUAAGUUCAGUUUUGAAAAAUAGACUCUGUUAACUUAACUUGGUUAACUCAGUUAAAUUGUAUACUACUUUAUUUUCAGUAAAAUAUGUGAUGGUAUAGGUUA